UGGACCCACUUGCAGUGCUAAGACCACAAGCAAGAAGACUCCGAAGCCGGGAGUAGAAGUACCAACAUUUAUCCUGGAGCUUAGAAAGAAAAGCAACGACCACUUCGUUUGAUUUAACGGACUGUCUGCUGCUGGAGCUCCGAUACAACCAAUUUGUCACUCCGCUAUACGCCAGCUUUUCUGGAUAUAGCAACUAAACAAAGUUGGUAGUAAACUCUUUGGAGUUUGGUUAGAGUCACUAUUUUUUCUUUGCUUGUGAGAUUGGACUGCACUGAAACUUGGGAUCGAUCCCUUCUCUGGGGUCGGGUUUUGGACCUGGCGCAUCUUUUUUUCCACGAGAAAAGUUUUGGCCAGAUCUGAAGACUUCCGAGUCGAGUCAGACUUUUGAGUACACUCAGCUGCUGCUACCCCGAGCCCAGAUCCGACACCUGGGCGAGCGGAUAGAGAGCCACUGACUGACAAGACCUCCAAGAAACUAUUUCAAGCUCUUGCAUUGAUACAGACAAGACAGAUUGUCUGAUGCACUAAAAUCUGCAAAUACAACGGAGUGCUUUCAGAGAUACAUCAAAAGAUCUGAAACGAGUGCAGUAACUUGCAACAAAGAAGUAAAAAAAACAACCUGGUAAAACCAGCAAUUACGAAAACAAGAACGACACCAUCGUCCUUCAAAGCCGACCCAAUGGCGUGGUCAGCUCUUACCGGCCCCUGUGUGGCCCUCGUACUGCUCUUCUUCGGUUUGACCUCCUGCACUCCCUCUGGACCGGCCUCUGCCACCUGCGCCACCCUGGAACAAAGUCGCUUCUUCGGUGUAUUCUCCUCUACGACAACCCUGCACUCCACACCAUGCUCCUGGACCCUGCAGAACCCUGAUCCUCGCCGCUACACUGUCUACAUGAAAAUCACCAAGCCCACUGACACCUGCGUGCCCCGCCAGAUCAGGACUUUCCAGUUCGACUCCUUCAUCGAGACCUCUCGCACCUACCUGGGUAUGGAGAGCUUCGACGAGGUUGUGAGGCUGUGUGACGCAUCCACCACUGUCACCUACCUGGAGUCCAGCAAGCAGUUCCUGCAGAUCCGCAAGGUGGCCGCGAGAAAUGGCGUGGAGAUGUUGGAGGGUCAGGAUGAUGUCAGUGAGUUCAAGGCUGAGUUUCUGGUCGUGGGGAAGAGGAACCCAAGUAUGCCUGCCUGCCAGAUGCUGUGCCAGUGGUUGGAGAAGUGCCUGUCCAGUAGCACCCAUGACUAUCCCUGUGGCAUCAUGAACACACCCUGCCAGUGCUGGGAGGCCCCGAAGAGGAAGCCAGGAAGCUGCUACAGAGGCGGUGUCUACGUUGAGAAAUGCCUUCCUGUUCCCAAAGACAACGGACGCGAUGCUGAGAUUAUCAAGGGCUGGGCUGGAUGGGGCCGCUGGUCAGUGUGCAGCCAGGAGUGCGGUGGUGGAGUCCAGGUGCGCAGCCGAGGCUGCCAGCCCGAUGACGGUGUGUGCGAGGGAACAGUUGAAGAAGGACGUGCCUGCAACCCUCAGCCCUGCAUUGGCAAAGAGCGCAACAGGAGCCAGGGCCUGAGAGCCAUCGUUGGUUUAAAGAGAGACAAUGCUGAUGAUGCUACCCAGGGAGUUGUUGCAACCCAAACAGUAGAUGCUAAGACUGAUGAGUGGUCCUCCUGGAGUGCAUGCUCAAUCACCUGUGGAGAGGGCUGGCAAAGCCGCACCCGCAUCUGUGCUACCUCUUCCUUCACCACCCAGUGCACCGGACCCCUGCGUGAGAACCGACCCUGCAACAACACAGCUGUCUGCCCCGUGGAUGGAGCUUGGGAUGAGUGGACCCCCUGGAGCUUGUGCUCAUCCACCUGCGGUCGUGGUUAUCGUGACCGUACCCGCACAUGCAAGAUGCCCCAGAAUGGAGGAGAGCCUUGCCGUGGCCCUACAAGACAAACCAAGUUCUGCAACAUCGCUGUCUGCCCAGUGGACGGAUCCUGGAACGAGUGGUCUGUGUGGAGUGCAUGCACUGCUACCUGCUCCAACGGCACCAGGCAGAGGAUCAGGGAGUGCAACGGCCCGUCCUACGGGGGCUCAGAGUGCCACGGCAGCUGGAAAGAGUCAGCUAACUGCUUCCUGAAAGACUGCCCCGUUGAUGGACGCUGGCAUGCGUGGAGCUCUUGGGGCAGCUGCAGCAAGACUUGCGGUGGAGGCAUUCAGCAGAGACAGAGAGUGUGUGAUGGGCCUUUCUUUGGUGGAGAAGCCUGCCCCGGUGACAAGGGAGAGCAGAGACGUUGCAGUGAGAAGAGAUGCCCUGAGCCCCAUGAGAUCUGCCCUGAGCAGAACACUGGAGAUGUUGUGUGGAAGAAAACCCCCGCUGGAGACAUGGCAGCUGUUGAAUGCCCUGCUGAUGCCUCAGGUAUGAUUCUGCGCCGCUGCUCCCUGGACGCUGUAGGUCUUGCCUCCUGGGAGGUCCCAACUCACAUCAAGUGUGUCUCCAAGAACUACGAGACCAUUCAGACUCUGUCGAGGGACUACAACUCCAAAGCACAGAUUGGGCAGAGCGUUGAUGGGGUCGCCGAGGUGAUUUCACGCCUUAGAUUCUCCUCUGAUGAAGGGGCCACGUACAGCGGCGACCUCUUGGCCGUCAUGGAAAUCCUGCAGAACACCACUGAACUGUACAAGGGAACCAGACUGAGAUUGAGCAACGCCGAUGUUGAGAACUACGUACAGACAAUCAGCAACUUACUGAAGGAGGAACAUCAUGACAAAUGGGAAGAGGCACAGCUGAUGGGUGCCAGCAUUAAAGAGUUCCUCCGCCUUGUUGAGGACUUUGUGAACAUGAUCGGUAUGCAAAUGAGCGGCUUUCAGGACAUUUACGAAGUCACCGAGAAUUUAGUGCUGAGCAUUCACAAGCGCCCAACCACCACAAGCUCCAACUUCACCUUCCCUGUGAAGGGCUGGAGAGGCAUGCUGGAUUGGGUCAGGAACUCUGAGGAGAAGAUCUCAGUGUCCCGGGAAGCUCUGUCCAUUGAACAAACUGAAGGCAAUGAUGCUUUUGUGACCGGCAUCGUCCUCUACAGAAACCUUGCCUCUUUCCUGUCCUUCCAGAGCAACACCACCCUCCUCAACUCCAAGGUGGUGACCGUGAUCGUGAAGCCCACCCCAGCUCUCCUCUCCUCCCCCGUUGAGAUCGAGUUCCCCCACCUCCACAAUGGCACCAUGAAUGAGACGUGCCUCUCAUGGGACGAAAGUGAAACUUCCUCUCUGCUUGGGUCUUGGUCUGCUCGGAGCUGCAGAGCGGUCCCCGUUCAUUCAUUCAGAACCAAAUGCGUGUGUGACAGCCUCUCCACCUUCGCCAUUUUAGCGCGCGUCAACUUCGACUCGAUCAUGGACAAGGCACUGCUCCCGUCCGUGACUCUCAUCGUUGGCUGUGGGGUCUCCUCUCUCACCCUGCUGCUCCUCAUCAUCAUCUAUGUCUCCGUGUGGAAGUACAUCCGCUCUGAGCGCUCCGUUAUCCUCAUCAACUUCUGCCUCUCCAUUAUCUGCUCCAAUGCCCUCAUUCUCGUCGGACAAACUCAGGCUCGCAACAAGGUGGUGUGCACUCUUGUUGCUGCUCUCCUGCACUUCUUUUUCCUCUCCUCUUUCUGCUGGGUGCUGACAGAAGCUUGGCAGUCCUACAUGGCUGUCACUGGUCGUCUGCGCAACCGCAUCAUCCGCAAGCGUUUCUUGUGCUUAGGCUGGGGCCUCCCUGCACUGGUGGUGGCUGUGUCUGUGGGUUUCACAAAGGCUAAGGGAUACGGCACUGUCAACUACUGCUGGCUGUCUCUCGAGGGCGGGCUCCUCUACUCCUUUGUUGGCCCUGCCGCAGCUGUUGUUUUGGUGAAUAUGGUCAUUGGUAUUCUGGUCUUCAACAAGCUGGUAUCCAAGGACGGCAUCACCGACGUGAAGCUGAAGGAGAGAGCCGGAGCAUCACUGUGGAGCUCCUGCGUGGUUCUGCCCCUCUUGGCUCUCACCUGGAUGUCUGCAGUCCUCGCCAUCACCGACCGCCGUUCAGCCCUUUUCCAGAUCCUCUUCGCCGUCUUCGACUCUCUGGAGGGUUUCAUCAUCGUCAUGGUUCACUGCAUCCUGCGUAGAGAGGUUCAAGAAGCUGUAAAGUGCAGAGUGGUCGACCGCAAGGACGACGGCAACGGAGACUCUGGCAGUUCCCUUCACAAUGGCCACACCCAGCAUAUGCAGUCUGAUAACGAAAAGGAUGGAGAUUCAAGCAGACAAGGAAUGAAGAGCUCCUCUGAAGAGAAGAUGCCUCCUCCUCAGCUGCCUCUCCCCAUGGGCUCCAACUUCCACACCCUGCCAUCCAACCCCAGCAAGAGCCACAUGCAGGCGGUGCCCGAAUACUCCAGCCACACCCUCACCCUGAAGAGAGAGAAGAGCCGUCUGGCGGGAGGAGUCGACCCAUCCUGCGGGAAACCCGUGUACGUCUGCGAAGGGGAGCUUUUCAAGCAGCUGGACGCCGAUCUGGCUCGGGCUCAGGCUGAGGGCAGCUUGUCCGACGGCAGCAGCUACGUCCUCAUGCCCAACACUACCUCCACCCUGAGGUCCAAGCCCAAGGACGACCCCACGAAGUACAACAUCAGUGUGGAGCAGCUGCCACAAGCCAGACUCAUGCACCUCAGCGGGCCCUUUGCAGAACCUCAGGCUGCUUUCGGGAUGAAGUCCAUCCCCAUGGACCAGGUCAGCGUGUCGUACUCUGAGAGAGACUCGCCCAUCCAGAACAUCCACAACAUGUCUAGUGAGUCUCACAUCACCCACAGCAGCCUGGAGAACACCUUCGAGUCCAUGAACUCCAUGAUGUCCAAGAGUGAGACCAUCUCCACGCUGUCUAUGAGCUCUUUGGAGAGACAGAAAUCCCGUUAUGCUGAGUUGGACUUUGAGAAAAUAAUGCACACAAAGAAACGCCACCAGAACAUGUUCCAGGACCUGAACAGGAAGCUACAUCAUGCUGAGAAAGACAGGGAGUCACCUGCUUCUGACAGCAAGUCUGUGAGAUGGAGUGUGUCUUCAGGAGGAAGUGACAAAACGAACCACAGUGACAAACAGCAGGGUCCCAUGGAGAGGCCGUGGGAGGGAGUCCGGGGAAUUCAGCAGUCACCCCCUGCAUGGGUGCGUAAAGACCUGGAGCCCUUAGCUGCCUCGCCCCUGGAGCUGCACUCUGUUGAAUGGGAGAAGGCCGGCACCACCAUCCCUCUGGUGGGGCAGGACAUCAUCGACCUGCAGACAGAGGUCUGAGGCGGAGGAGGGGGGCUCGACAAGCCACCUGAUUUCACCUCGUGUUCACCUUUUUGGUAUGGGAAUGGGAUCCUUUAUGGAUAGAAUAGAGGAAACCAAGGAUGGGAGAAAGUGAGAAAGUAGGUCCCAGAAUCAGUGUCUUCAAACCCUCAACCAGUGCAGGAAGGGAAGGAAGAUGGAGGAGUGGAUGUGGUGAAGGGAUGUUUAAUGUAGCUUCUCUGUGUGGACUUAAAGCAUCUCGUGUCAGAGUGCUCUGAAAGUCAGAGGGUUAGUGGAGCGCUCAGUGGUUUCCAUGGACCAGGACUGGCUGUGGUUCCAUUAAUGCUUCACUGGGAGUUUCCUGAACUCCUCAGCCUGGGUUCGGAAGAUGUGGUCGACAUGUCUGUGCUUCUAAUUUCCUUCAACUCAACUUUGGAGAAAAAGUGAGAUAAUAUAACACGGUGUGUCCUCCCUGCUUCUCGGGAGGAACAAACCGUGAACUCUUGGCUGCUGCCGAGUUACCUUCCAAAAUAGGACAAGGCAAAGAGAGCAUUAGGGACCACUUUCAUGCUUGGAGUCCAACACUCUGCACUUUGAUAUUUGGGCGCACAUAUUUUGUUUUUGUGCAGUGGGUUAAUUUAUUUUUUCUAUUCGUGCAUUUGUUCGUGCUGCUUCACACCUGGAACUGCUUCAAAAUGAGACUCUUCCGAUGAGACUCUACUGAGAAUAUAUAACUCCUCUACUGGAGAGCAUUAUCACACUGCUAUUACCACAAUGGUUAUUAUUAUUCCGAUGAUUAUUGUCAGUGUUAUGAUUAUCAUUAUUAUUCUCGUUAUUGAGUUUAUAGCCUAUAUUUUUUAUUUUUCAUCCCCCUCAUUACUGUCAGGCACAAAAUUUAUUGUUUUUGUGCUGUGACCGACAACAUUAGGCUCCGAGAAAAGAAAAAAAAAGAUUCAAUGCAUAUUUAAUGUGUUGUGAGCCCAUAUGGACUGCAUCGGGACAAACAUACUGCGGUGAUGGAGGUUACCUAAAAUGUCCUGGUUUCUUCAGCAUUCUGCUUCAAUACCAAAACACCAGCACCAGGAUGAACACAGACUCUCACACGGGAAGAGCAGUGCACUCUGGGAAAACGCUGGGUUGAAUUUUAAGGAGGCGGCAGCAGGGGAUACCUCCCCUCUCAGCUGGCACAAGAUGCAGGCUCUUCCAUGUCGUACAUGUGGAUUCCAGAGGUCGGCGAGACCUUUACACCAUCGCCCUUUUGUUUCUCAGCCUUGCAGGACUCUUGGACCGAGUAGAGGCUCCCGGCACUCACGUGACUUCCAGUGUGGUGCCGGGUCCUCGAGACUUCAACACAUUUGUGUUUUCAGCCAUCAGUGUGAAAUAGUGCAAUAUGAUGGGCGCUUGAUGCUCAAGCAAGACUGAUUAUGAUUUAGGCAGAAUCUUUUCUUACCAAUGUUUCAACACUUUUAUACCAUCUUCCUCAUAUAGAUGCUUUAUGAGAAUAUUGUAUAACAAAUCUGUAUUAGUAAUUCAAGGAAUUUAUUUACUAGAGAUUUGUUCGCGCAAGACUCCAUAUUUGGAGCUUUCUGUGACAGGUAGAUAAUUGUACUUCUAUAAAGCGAACAUUAUAUAGAAUGAAUGAUAGCCUAUGAAUAUCUCCAAACUGUGCUUCAGGAUGUUUGUUAUUACUCUCCGCUGUGUAGCGACGGGGUAAUUGAACCUCAUGUCUUCUGUAACAGUGUGUUUUUGAUAACCUUGUCAGUAACUCAAUAGUAUGUACUACCAGCCAAAUUCCUUGUCCCCUUCAAACUCCUAUGUCCAACCCCCAGCCCAAAUCAUACCUUGAGUUACUUGUACUGAAUACCCAUUUGUAUUUUCUUGUCACAACUUUGUUUAUUAUGUUCUGUUUUACCUCCUGUAGAUGUACAGUUUUCACAGCACAAAAUGAAUGUGACUUAUUUCUAAUAAAACAAAACUCUAUAUUA